AUGGACCACAGUGGCAAAAGAGGAGGAUCUAGAACUACACAGAACAUGCAAGAGUGGAGAGAUAAAAUCAGAGAGCAUAUUUCCUCUUUUCCGUCAGAAAUUAGCCAUUACAGUCGAAGUAAAACGGAAUCUAAAUACCUAUCUCCAGAUUUAAGUGUUAGCAAAAUAGUGCCCCGUGUAGACACUUGUUCCACAUAUGACUCUUUAUCCACUAAAGUAGGAAAUACAGGUGAUAAUGCAGAAAAAAAUGGAGCUCAAAUGGCCUUAGAUUUUCAUCACAGAAAAGUUGAGUAUGCUACUAAAGCAAUGCAAGCAGAUGUAAGAAAUGCCAAACACUCCGAGUUUUAUGUUAUAGCGCAACUGGCUUGUUGCAAUUUGGGAAUUCAUGAUUCAGAUAUUGAAAAUGGGUUCAUGUGCGUUUGGCCUGAGACUGUUGGCGGACGUGGAUCUUUGGAAGUAGCGAAUUGUGUUUAUAGCUACUUAACAAAACAAAUUACCACGAAUAAGAAAAAACUAAUAGUGUGGUCGGAUAAAUGCGGGGCGCAAAACAAAAACCAGAUAGUUUUAUCCAUGUAUUUGACAUUGUUGGCAACAGGAAUUUUUACCGAAAUCAUACACAAGUUUCCUGUAAAAGGACACACAUUCUUGACCUGUGACAGAUACUUUGGUAUUAUUGAAAAGAAAAAAAAAGAUGUUUUUGAUGAUUUUUACGACUGGAGGUCUGUAGCAAAGAACCUUAAUACGACAAAACUUAAAAUAAGUGAAGCUGCGCAAAUAAGAUUGUCGAGAGAUCAGUUUGGAACAGCUGAAGUCUGGAAGUCGCAUGGAGCCUUACAGUUUCCUACAAAAACUAAUAUCCUGCGAAAAGGAGUAACUAUUGACGACUUUGCAACAAUUGAAGUUAAUGAACAGCCUACGAAGCAUGGUAUUCCAGAAGAAAAAGUAGCCCAUAUUAGAGCCAUGCUUCCUUACCUCACAAAUGAAGCAAAGGAAUACUAUUCACAGCUUCUGGGCUAG